AUGUCUUACAUCAAGAGUGUCUUCGCUAUUGGCCUCCUGGCCACCGCCGACCUUGUCGCCGGCCACGCCGCCAUCGUCGGUGCUACUGGCGACCAGGGAGGCCAGGGCAUGGCGCUCGGCAUCGACUCUGCCACCCCUCGUGACGGCACCCGCCGCGACCCCUUCCAGCAGGACAGCACUCGUUUCAAGGGUGAAGCCGCCGACACAUUCGGCGAAACCGUCGGCGCCGGUACCAACAGCCUCGAAACUGGUACCAAGGCCAUCAUGGCCGAGACCGGACAGAUGCUUCCUCAGAUCAGCCCCGGUGGCUCCGUCGAUAUGACCCUUCACCAGGUCAACGGUGACGGUGGUGGCCCUUAUGACUGCAUGAUCAACGCCGAUGGUACUGGCGCCUCGUGGACCAACAUCAACGUCGUUACUACCCCCCCGGGACAGAACUCCCGCAACCGUGACGGUGCCAUGACCGACUUCCCUCUCAAGGCUGCGAUCCCCGCUGACCAGACCUGCACUGGUACCGUUGCCGGCCAGUCCAAUGUCUGCCUGGUUCGCUGCCAAAACGCUGCCCGUGCUGGCCCCUUCGGUGGUGUCGUUCCUGUCCAGAUGGCUGGCACCACCACCCCCGCUGCUGCUCGCCGCAACCUCAUGCUCUCUAUGAAGAGAAGCGAGGACCUUCUUGCCAAGAUGGUUAAGCGCGCCCAGUCCGCUGCUGCCGCCCCUGAGGACGAUCCUGCCUACCUGGCUGAGCUCCGCGCCGACGGCGAGGAGAUUUAA